GGCGGGGCCUGGAGUCCCACCCCCAGGGAGGAGGCUGCAGCGAGCCCCCACCCCCCCCAUGCGGUGCCACUUGCCCGGAUACCUGCACGGUGCUUGGGGCAGGGGGGCGCCAGCCAGUGGCCCCUGGUGCAUUUGGCACGGGCGGGGGGGCGUUACCUGCAGAUUCCUUCCCCCAGCUGAGCAAGCAGGGGAGGGACCCGCCUUGUCUCCCCCAGCAGCCGGUGACCCCCCCAGCCCUGCAGCGGAGCUCCCCGGGGCUGCUCGGCCGGGAUUGUCACACCUGGGCGCGCUGAGCUCCCGGCCGGAGGGCGCCUCCUGCGCUCACUCAUCCCCGGCCCGGCGACCUUGAGACAGGUACCGACCGCUGCUGCAGGCGAGCGCCCCGGGCGGGGAGGCGAUGCCCAGUCUUUGGAGAUGAUCCAGAGAAGGUGUUGAGAAGCCAAAUGAGAUGCCCCCAGUGAUGCCGGCAGCACUCCCUUCCCUGAGCGACCUCCCCUUGAUCGCACCUUGAGAUGCCCUCCCUGAGCCCCCGUGGCCAACAGAACAACGCUGGACCAUGAAGUCCCCCAAUGCUGUGAUCUGCAGGGAGAAGCCGGCUCUGAGCGUUUACCCUUAUGGCUUGGGACAGGAUGGCUGGGAAGAGGCCAGGGAUGAAGACAUGAACUCGGCCCAGAUCAACUGCACCAUAAGCCACCUGGAGCAAGCUGGUUGGUACUGGGGUCCCCUCACAGCAGCAGAGGCCAGACGCGUUCUCUGCCCUGCCCUGGAAGGCUCCUUCUUGAUGCGUGACAGUUCCAGCCCAGACAACCUCCUCACCCUGUCAGUCAAAACCUCUGUCGGGCCCACCCACAUCCGGAUCUGCUACAGCGCCGGCCGCUUCGGCUUCGACUCGUCCGUCCUGGCCAAGCCCAAGCUCCAGAGCUUCAAGGACGCCAUGGCCUUGGUCCAGUUCUACUCCCUGGCCUCGCUGAAGCAAGCCGAGCGGCUGGAGCCGUCGGAGCAGGAGACCACGUUCGUGUCCAAGGAUCCGGCCAUCCACCUGAAACUGAUCAAGCCCCUGUAUGUCUCUGUGCCGGCUUUGCAGCACCUGUGCAGGCUCACUAUCAACAGGAGCACCCGGCAGGUCUCAGCCCUGCCUUUGCCUGUGAGGCUCAAGGACUACCUGCUGAAGUACCCAUAUGUGCUCUGAGAGACCCCCCCACACCUUGCUCACCUUUUCAUCCUACCCUGGCAAAACAUGGUGCUCUCCCGCAACCCACUCCGCUCCGGCACCAGCGCUGAUGGACUCCGAAGGGUCCCUGGCGUUGCUCAGCUGGAGUGCUGCAGUGCGUGGCCUCGGGGUCAGGUACAAGUGUGAGGGGCUGAGCGAAAGGCAGGGGUCUCCGGAGCUCAGAUCGAAGCAGGCCGGGGGCAGAAAGCGUGUUUUGGGUUUUUUUCAGGCUCUGUUGUCCCUAGCUAGGGACGCUAAUAAAAAUUCAUUGUACUAUU